CUAAACUCUGCCAUAAGAGCAGACUGCGCUCAGACAGACAGACAGACAGCUGGUCUACCAGCAGCUUCAGCCCGCAGAGCUGCUCCUGAAGAACCGCAGCAUCAAUGAGCGCCCGGUACCAGCCGCCCGGUACCGGCCCGCAGACCGGCUGCACGGCAUAAACCCUGCGGGGCACGAGGACACCGGACUCUCAGCGCGAGGGUUCUGUUCUGUUUCUUCUCCCGGGUUCUGGUUGUGGUUCUGAAGCUCCAUCAUGGUGCUCGGAAAGGUGAAGAACUUCUCGGUGAGCUUCGACUGUCCCACCGACUGCACCGUCCCCGUGUUCGCGAGCGGGGACUGCGUCUCAGGGCGGGUGAUCAUAGAAGUGACCGGAGAAAUUCGGGUCAAAUCUCUGAACAUUCACGCGAGAGGACUGGCUAAAGUUCGGUGGACCGAGUCCCGCAAUGCCGGAUCCAACACCGCGUACACUCAGAACUUUACCGAGGAGGUGGAGUAUCUAAACCAUACAGACCUCCUGAUCGGACACUUCCGAGAUGAAGACCCUGCUGAGGAGGGCUUCACUGUGCUUCACUCAGGGAGACACGAGUACCCCUUCAGCCUGGAACUUCCCCAGACACCUCUGGCCACCUCGUUUGAGGGGAAGCACGGCAGCGUGCGGUACUGGGUGAAGGCGGAGCUGCACAGGCCGUGGCUCCUGCCCAUCAAACUGAAGAAGGAGUUCACUGUGUUCGAGCACAUAGACAUCAACACCCCUCUGCUGCUGUCACCGCAGGCUGGAACUAAAGACAAAACCCUGUGCUGCUGGUUCUGCACUUCAGGACCCGUUUCACUAAGUGCUAAAAUUGAAAGGAAAGGCUACACUCCAGGAGAAUCCAUCCAGAUCUUCGCUGAGAUCGAGAACUGCUCCUCACGAGUUGUCGUGCCAAAAGCUGCUAUCUAUCAGACGCAGACCUUCUUCGCUAAAGGGAAAGUGAAGGAGAUCAAGCAGCUGAUCGCUAACGUCCGCGGAGAUCCACUACCGUCCGGAAAAACCGAGACCUGGGACGGAAAGAUGCUGAAGAUCCCUCCCAUCUCCCCCUCCAUCCUGGACUGCGGCAUCAUCCGUGUGGAGUAUUCCCUCACGGUGUAUGUAGAUAUUCCUCGAGCGGUGAAUCUCUCUCUGAACCUGCCGCUGGUUAUCGGGACCAUACCUCUCCAUUCUUUCGGCAGUCGCACCUCCUCCAUCAGCAGCCAGUACAGCACCGCCCUGAGCUGGCUGGGCGUGGCCUUACCUGAGAGGCCUGAAGCUCCACCAAACUAUUGUGAGGUGGUGUCAGACGAGCAGCGGCGCCACAGUCUGGAGCUUCCUGUGGUUCGAGAUGAUCUGGAGGGACGACUGUACGCCUAUAUUCAGGAGUUCCGCCUCCAGCCACCUCCUCUCUACUCUGAGAUUGAUCCCAAUCCAGAGCAGGAGGAUCUUCACCAGGACAGAAGAGCUGAAGUCUGUCCGUCUCGCUGAAGGAAGAUCAGACCCUGAUGAAGUCAGGAGUUACUUACCUGCUGAGAUUAAUCCACAGUCCAGGGUUAGAUCUUCCUCUGCGCUGCAGGACGAGUGAAUAACCAGUCAGCUGUUCACUGCAGGAAGAGAAACUGGUGCUGGAGCUGCGAUAGACCUGCUGAUCCAAGCCGAGAGACCUGAGAACUGAGCUGCUGGAGGUCUCGAGUAAACGUCUCGUCCGUCCGUAGAGUUUCAGGACAGAACUGUGACGGAGAAAGACGGUGUCCUUUAAAGCACGAUGGACAGAAAGGAACCGGUCCAGGGACAGAUCUGCUCUCCAGAACUUAGAAAAGAUCAGAACCAAACAGUGGCUUUAUACCUUUAUAUAAAACUCCAUUACUGAAAGAAAAAAAAGAAGCUGUACUGUUUCCACUGACGGGCGCGUCUGUACUGGUCUGUACUGGAUAGAAAGACCUGUUUUCUUCAUCAGAAAAUUCGAGUUUGGGAUGCUGUUUGUUUGGGGCAAAUUAAUUAUAUAUAACCAUGUCAGGAGCAGGGGCUUGGUGGGUUUUAGGUGGGCAUGAGUUGUUGUUACUGGGACAUGAUUGGACAUUCACAAAGAUGAUUUAUAACCAAUACCAGUAUAAACUUCUAAUUCCACACAAAGUCUUCAGAAGUGACCUCACUGAGCAUCUAUGCUCCUGAGUCUGUGUGUCUCCUUCGCUCUGCUGGUACACCACCAAAAAUAUGUUUUUCAGCAAGGGCGUAAAUACGAAUAUGGAGAAUAUGGUGCUCAUAUACUGCACUGCACUGUUGCAGUUGUAGGGGGUAAAAGAGGGGCUAUGGUGAAUUAUGUGGCGCAGGGUCUGCGGCUACUCAUAGCCUACAGCACAGAUUCAAUACAUGAGCAUAAAUUGGCUUCCCGUACAGAAUUUCCACUGUGAAAAACAAAGAAAACCCUUAUGAUUAGGUUAUCCCAUGAUAAGUGCUUAUUCUCUCUCCGUUAUUAUUCUGCACCGUGUGAACUGGUGAAUAUAUGUUAACAUAUAUAAUGACCUGAACAUGAUCCAGUAUAGAGAUAGAAGAGAAAUAUCAUUCCUUUUUGUACUUUUAUUUUUUCCCCCAAUAUGACUCCAGAUGAUCGACGUCUGAAAGACGGUGGAGCUGCAGAAUCCCACCCAGAUCUCUUAUCAGUUUAGGGUUAUUAAAUUAAACGAGUGUCACAUUUGUUUUUAAACUCGUUUAAUUGUUGAAGAGGUUCUGAUGGAGGGAGACUGCUUCAGCCUAACGAUGAUUUAGCACUUAUUAGUAAAGGCAGGCUGAGGUCUAAAACAACGCCAUAAACAACAACAUUUAGUCAGUUUAGCAGUUUAUUUCAGAAGAAACUGAGACCUGUGGGGCAGAAUAAUAUGCAGAUUAACUCUUUUUUUAUCACAUUGUUUUGAAUUCUGUGGCCUUCAUACAACACAUGAUGAACAGUUCAGAUUUUGUGCUGCAGUUUUUCUCCUCCUGAUGGGAUUUGAUUGGAUGCGCUGUGUGUUGUGUUUGCAUUUUCCUGUUCGAGAGAUUUCCUUCCUUUUUAUUAUGUUUGAUGAAAGUGAGCGAAUUUCAGCGUAUCAGAACUCUUCCUCUUCACACUCUGAUAUUAAUGCAAUUCCAGGAGGAUAAAGAUGAAGUGAUGAUGUUGAAGAAAGAUAAUGUUGAGUAUUUAAUGCGUGUGGUAAUCAGACGUACGUUCAGUCCUGCGGGUGCAUAGCUAUCGGAUAUUGACUCGUGUCUAUGCUACCUCACUUCCUGCUUCAGGGGCUGAAAAAAGGGUCUAACCUGAUUUAAGCUUCUCUUAAAAUUCUAGAAAAGGUGCAAUAUAUGUAUUUGUUUGUUUGUGAGUCUUUUUACAGUUUUGUAUAUUUUGUAUGUUGCUGACUUUUAUAUAUAAUUUUGUAGUAUGGAUGUAUGUAUAUUAUGCCAAGAUCAAUGUUCUGUUGUCAGUUAAAUAAAUAAGCUUUUCUACUGAA